UCACAAAGUAAACAGAGCAAAUAAUAUCAUAUUAUUUGUUUUUUUUUGUGACAGUGCUGUUUGUCUAGCCUCGUGGUGUUUUGACAAUCAUCAAACGCACGCGUAUUAUUUGGUCCUGUUAGAGCGCAGGAUCACCAGAAAGGCUGUCUGUGGCACCGCAGGUGGUCCGAGAGAGAGAGAGAGAGAGAGUGAGAGAGAGAGAGGGGCAGAGAGAGACAGAGAGAGGCGUGCUGCACAUUGGUCGGGCUACUUUUCUGACGACACACCAACAAUCGUCAACCUGUGGAUAGGGCGCGCGCGGCGCUCUGCUGUCUCCACUGCCACCCUCUCCCCUCUGACACCGAGCCCGACAGUCCAGGACGCAUGAACUGGGAGAGGGUGCCGGGUUCGAUUCCCCACGGAAGGACAGGUACCGAAAAGUUGAGGGGCUCGUGCGCCAUCCCCGCUUCAUGAAUGGCCGGAACAUGGAGGAGAUGCCAUUCGAAAGAGUCAAGACCCGGAGGAGAAAGGGUCGAUGCCCGGCCGGUGCACCCCUGGGCGCCAUCGCCUGCGAGGACGAGUUCAACAGCCACGAGCUGGAGGCUCUCUUCCAGAACUACAACCUGAAGCUGGAGCAGACCGCCACCCUCAAAGCGCUGGCGGUGCUCAUCGUGGCUGCGUCGUCGUUGUCCCUGGUGGAGCUGCUGUCCAGCCCGCGUCUCACCUUGUCCAAGGGCUCGUACCCGGUGCACUGCGUGGUGUUCCUGUCGCUCUUCAUCGUCACCAACGUCAAGUACUUGCAGGUGACGCAGCUGCAGCAGAUCGCCAAGCUCGCGCUGCUGUUCAGCUUCACCUUUGCGCUGCUCUGCUGCCCGUUCCCGCUGGCGCUCGGCACGUCAGAGCUGGUGAGCGCCGGAGCCCCUGAGCAAGGCGUUUGGCAGCUAAUGUUGGUCACCCUCGUGGCUUACGUGCUGCUACCGGUGCGGACGCUGCUGGCGGUGCUGUUCGGGGUGAUGCUGGCUGCAUCCCACUUCAUUGUCAUAGCGACGUCGGUCACGGGGAGGAAACAGAGGCUGUGGAGACCGCUGGUGGCCAACGCCGUGCUGUUCACCAGCGUCAACUUGUCGGGGGUGUUUGUGAGGAUUCUCACCGAACGCACCCAGAGGAAAGUCUUCCUGCAGGCCCGGAACUGCAUCGAGGAGAGGCUGAAGCUGGAGGACGAGAACGAGAAACAGGAGCGUCUGCUAAUGAGCCUUCUGCCCAGGAAUGUUGCCAUGGAGAUGAAGGAGGACUUCCUGAAGCCUCCUGAGCGGAUCUUUCACAAGAUCUACAUCCAACGUCAUGACAAUGUCAGCAUCCUGUUUGCAGACAUCGUGGGUUUCACCAGCCUGGCCUCUCAGUGCACCGCUCAGGAACUGGUCAAACUGCUCAAUGAACUUUUCGGGAAGUUUGAUGAGCUGGCGACAGAGAAUCACUGCAGGCGGAUUAAGAUCCUGGGGGACUGUUACUACUGCGUGUCGGGACUGACCCAACCCAAAGCCGACCACGCCCACUGCUGUGUGGAGAUGGGACUGGACAUGAUUGACACCAUCGCGUCGGUGGUGGAGGCAACAGAGGUGGAUCUGAAUAUGCGUGUGGGCCUGCACACCGGACGGGUGCUGUGUGGCGUGCUGGGCCUCAGGAAAUGGCAGUAUGACGUCUGGUCAAACGAUGUCACGCUGGCAAAUGUGAUGGAGGCCGGAGGGCUGCCUGGCAAGGUGCACAUCACACGGACCACCUUGGAGUGUCUGAACGGGGACUACGAGGUGGAGCCGGGCUUCGGGCACGAGAGACACGCCUUCCUUCAGAAACACCACAUAGAGACAUAUUUCAUCGUGCCAUCACACAGACGCAAAAUCUUUCCAGGACUCAUUCUGUCAGACAUCAAACCAGCCAAGAGGAUGAAGUUUAAGACCGUGUGCUACCUGCUGGUGCAGCUGAUGCACUGCAGGAAGAUGUUCAAAGCAGAGAUCCCCUUUUCCAACGUCAUGACCUGCGAGGAUGACGACAAGCGGCGAGCCCUGCGGACCGCCUCAGAGAAGCUGAGGAGUCGGACGUCCUUCUCAGCCGCCGCCGUGCAGCACUCGCCGGGAACACGAGUCAACCGCUACAUCGGGCGGCUCAUCGAAGCGAGACAGACCGAGUCCGAGACAACAGACCUCAACUUCAUCACCCUGUUCUACAGGAGCGGAGACAGGGAGCGCCGGUAUCACCAGGUGUACGACGACCAUUUCAUCAGCGCUGUGGUUCUCUCUCUGAUCCUCGCUGCUCUGUUUGGCCUUAUCUAUUUGCUAAUGAUCCCACAAGGGAUGCUGGUGCUGCUGCUGCUGGUGCUGUGUGUGUGUUUCCACGUGGCCUGUGUCAUGUACCUUCAUCUCACCAGUGUUCAGUGCCAGCCGGGCUGCCUCACCAUCCACAUCCGAACGGUGCUGUCUGUCUUCCUCGCUCUGCUGACCUACUCUGUAACCCAGGCGUGUGUGGUUGGAUGUGUUCCUUGGGGCAGAUUUGGGACAAACUCCAGCCUCUCGGUGGAUGACGCCCCUGCAGAAGCUCUUCCUGAGGUCAGACCUCCCAACAGCACGCUGGCAGACAGAGCUUGUACCAACAUGGCGUACGCGCUGCUGUCCUGUGUGGCCGCCACCCUCACUGUUGUCCCCUACCUCCGAGUGUCCUCGCUUCCUAAGCUCAUCCUGCUCUUCCUCCUCUCUGUCACCUACACCGUCGUGAUGGAGACUAGUGGCUAUCGGCAAGCUGUGGGAGGAGGGUUUCUCCACACGCGUGGGUAUGAUCCUGUGUUGGCGGUCUUGCUGUUUUCUGCAGCUCUGGCUCUGCAUUCGAGACAGCUGGACCUGAAGCUGCGGCUCGACUAUCUCUGGGCCACUCAGGCGGAGGAGGAGAGAGGCGACAUGGAGAAAGUGAAGCUGGACAAUAAGAGGAUCCUGUUCAACCUGCUGCCGGCUCAUGUUGCUCAGCACUUCCUCAUGUCGAACCCCAGGAACAUGGACUUGUACUACCAGUCCUACGCUCAGGUCGGAGUGUUGUUCGCCUCCAUCGCCAACUUCAACGACUUCUACAUCGAGCUGGACGGGAACAACAUGGGCGUCGAGUGUCUCCGGCUGCUCAAUGAGAUCAUUGCCGACUUUGAUGAGCUGAUGGACAAAGAGUGCUACAGGGAUAUCGAGAAAAUCAAGACCAUUGGCAGCACGUACAUGGCUGCUGUAGGGCUGGUUCCUACAACUGCCUCCAAGGCGAAGAAAUCCAUCACCUCACAUUUAUGCACAGUGUCCGACUUUGCCAUCGAGAUGUUUGACGUCCUGGACGCCAUCAACUACCAGUCGUACAAUGACUUUGUGCUGCGAGUAGGUAUCAAUGUAGGACCAGUGGUGGCCGGAGUUAUCGGAGCCAGAAGACCUCAGUAUGACAUCUGGGGAAACACGGUGAACGUAGCCAGCAGGAUGGACAGCACAGGAGUUCAGGGAAAGAUACAGGUGACAGAAGAUGUUCAUCGCAUCAUCACAGACCACUACAAUUUUGUUUGCCGCGGUCAGGUCAGCGUUAAGGGCAAGGGUCAGAUGCUCACAUACUUCCUGGAGGGGCGUCGACAAGGCAACCGGGCAGUUAAGAGCCCGCAGCAGCAGCAGCAGCAGUCCGGCAGCACAGAGCGGCGGUCAAGCGCGUUUAACCACGGCAGCGUGUGCACCAGACUGAGCCCUGGACCCACUGUCACCACCUACGCCUCCAUCAGGACCCCAAGCCCGAGCACAACAAAACCCACCACCUCCACCAGCACCUCCAGGUACCUGCCCUCUGUCCCCACAGCCAUGGUGUGACGGAUGUCUCCAAGGCGACCGUGGGAAACAGAAAUGAGAGUGGAUGCAGGAAACUAGCAGUGGAAAGUUAGCUUUAACAGCGAGAGUUUAUUGAAAUAGGAAGUGGAGCCACUCCUCUUCUUUGGUCUGUGGGACACGAAGAGGCUGAUGCGCUGAUGCCACAAAGGGAGACCUGGACUCGGGUCUGACCUGUGUUUAGGACUGAUUUUGACAGUCUGAGGUGGAUCAGACCCUCGCACAUGCAGGCUCUGGUUGUCUGUUACUUGCCCUGGAUACAGGACGCUUUAGCCGCGCUGCUCUGCAAUCAAACAACGUCCGAGUGAAUCUCCACGAUUUCAGAGCCUGACUCCUAAAAUCUGCAUCCACAACAAUAACGAACUGCAUCAAAACGGACCUGAUAGUGUAGCACACAUCCGUAAAAUAAAAAUCCUUUAACGACUUCAGCUGACCCUUUUCUCUCAGUGUAAAACCAAAACAGUGCUGUUGCCUUAGCGACCACUCCUCACAAUGAGUUUCUUGCCAUUUUUUUUUGUUGCCUUUUAGAUCUUUUAUUGAUUUAUUGGACAGAAAUACAGUUUACUACCUGUUUCUAAAGCCAAAUGUAUAAUUGUAAAAUGGCAGUUAACGGUACAAAGUUGCCAAAUACGACAGGGCAUCGCCUUCAAUCGUGUCCAGGUUGGCGGUUUACUUUACGCGCUACACUUUAACCCUCAACGCGGCGGCACACGAGCUGGACUCUUCUUUGAUCCCCUGAGCCGAGCCACUCAGCGUCUUUUAAGUGCAUGAUGCCACUACUGCAUUUCAGUCACGUUUGCUGUCUGUUGCCCUGUGAUGCUUGACUUCCAGAUUCUUCCUCGUCUAAAAGUGUAGCAAUAAAAAGCGGUUUGUCUCCUUCCUCGGCCUCCUGCCCCCCCCCCCCCCCCCCCCCCCCCCCCCCCCCGCAUGCUGUAGCCGGCUGGAUCCUCUCUUUGACCUGAUAGUGUAUGUAGCUAAUAGAGUGUGCGUAGCUAGACACACCAGUUUGUAUCUCUGUGGUGCAUGACUUAGAAACUUAUUUUCUGUAUCGUGCGAGUGAUUCCUUCCAAACGGGGAUAUAUUCAAAAAAAAAAGACAAAAACCUUUUUUCCGCGUGUUUGUUUAUUAACGAGAAAAAUUUUCUAUUGUUGAAAUAUUCAGUUUGACUAUUUUUAUGAACUUAAAAAAAAGCUGCUUUUGGUAGAGAGAAGAAAAAUCUGCUGUUUACGAGGAGACACCCAAACCUCGGUGUCUGGCUUCCUCAUACAAACCCAGAUGAUUUAUUUUAUGGUAAAGCAUGCUACUCACAGGACGGCUAACCACAGCCAUUAACUCUCCUCUAAUCUGUCCCAGCAUGCACCGCCUGCAAGCCUGUGGCCUCGAACAUGCAUGCUUUGAAGAAGCUAACACAGGCCGAGCAGCUGUUUUCAUGUAGUCCUCAUGCAUGCGCUAAAACAAAAAAGGUAGCGGUCCUCUUGAAUGUAAAGGUGCUCUUUUGACCCGUGUCUUCUUCAUGAGUUUUUGAGUGUGUGAACAUCUCGAGGACAUUUCUUUCAGGACGGUUGUGACACCAGGUGCGGGGUUGGGGGGGGGAAGGGUUGCUCCUCCUCUUUUUCUCCCCCUUCCUGCAGGUAGCUGGUUUUUCAAAUGUGCCAACCUAUUUUCAUAAACAUAUCAAAGUCGUUCUUGUUGAGCUGUAGCACAACUGAAUGUGAGGCUACGGUUGUUGUCAUUUCUUUUCUUUAUACCUUGUUGAAUGCCUGUGUGGGUUUUUUGUUUUUUUUGGGAUAUGUUCCUGAACAGUUUUUGUAACUCAAGACAACAGCGAUAGUGUUGUAUUUUUUGGAGCGCCUAUAACCUGACAGAAAUGACGUCGUUCUUCUCGUCACAUUUAAACUAGAUCUUUACAGUAGCUUGAACGCUAACGCUGAGAUUAAAAAUGAGGAUUUUUAUACACUUGCUUUAAAACCGUUGAAGGAGAGUUGAUGGAAAGGAUUGACGUCAAAUAUUUUUCCUGUAAAUUGGAUAUUUUCAUACUGUAUGAUACGGGUUUCAAUUGUUAUAUGUAGGUAUUACUAGCUAUUAUUGUACAUUGUAGAGUCUUUUUUCAAAGAUAUAUUACAGACGAUCACAGAUUUGUCUCGUUUUUUUGGUUGCAGAUGUAUUUACUGAGAUGUUUUCUGUGAAUGUACAUUUUGUUAAAGAUGAUAUUUUAUACUAAGUGUUUGCACUGCGAUGAUAUCGACGUAUUAAGGUUAUCAAAAUAAAACCAGAGGGGAUCCAUCUCCUGAAGUAA